CAAUGAUUUCUGAAACAGAAUUAUAAAUAAUAUCGUAAUGAAGUGUUAUCUAAUCGUCUUCCUCAUCUCCUUCAUCUAUUUUUCCGUUUCUGUGGACAAACAAAGUUUUACCUACGACUUAAGAAGAGCUGAAGAAUUUUUUGAAGAGUUCCAAAAAUAUUAUAAAAAAAAUUAUACGCCUGAAGAGAAAAAGUUGCGUUAUAAGAUAUUUAAAGCGAACUUGAAAAGGGUGAAUGCGAUUAAUCAGAAUGUUAUCCUAAAAUGGAUAGCUGUUAUUGGGCCGUAUAAUGAUUUGACGUACGCGGAGUUCGUCAAAAAAUAUGAUUUGCCUGAAUUUGGUGAGGAGAAACAAGUAAGGAACCUUGUAACAUGCACCGACCAGAAGAUGUACCUCUUCAAAAGGUUCUCUGAGUACACAAAGGGUUUGUACGAUAAAUGGGGAUCCUGGAGACCUCCAGCCGAGUACGAAACUGAGGAACUCACUGAUUACGACGAAUACGCAAUUGGGCAUUAUUAGAGUGCACUGUAGUCAGCAACAAACUUCAGAAGUAACCACCAUUUUGUAACCGCUAAACAAAAAAAAUAUAAAUAUAUGUAUAUAU